AAGUUAUCGAGGUUUGGGGAAAAAGAAAGAGAAUGGGAGAAGGAGAAGAAGAAAGGAAGCAAGGAGUAAUGCAGCGUACCAAAGAGUCAUUUGCCCAUCUUGGGUGCUUGCAGGAUCAAGCUAUUUCCCAUUUCCAAGCUUAUCAACACUCUUUUUUCAAUCAAAUUAAAGAGGAGUUGAUGAUUGCUAAGGACCACCCUACUGAGGUUGCUGGCGUUGCAGUCACAGCUGCUCUUCUUCUUAUGCGAGGUCCAAGAAGGUUUUUGUUUCAUCAUACAUUUGGCCGAUUUAAGAGUGAAGAGGCAAAAUUUCUUAAAGCUGAAAAGAAUGUCAAUGAGUUGAAUCUCUCUGUCGAUAUGAUGAAGAACGAGAGCAGAAAACUACUUGAAAGAGCAUCUUUUGCUGAAAAGGACAUGAUACACGGCCAUACCGAGCUCAGGGAUGCUGGAAGUCAAAUUCAACGUCUUGCUAAAUCAGUCUACAGUGUCGAAACACAAGCUGCAGAUCUAAUGGAUGGACUACGAGAAAUCCCUGGUAGGGAGGCGUUAAAGCUUCGAGCUGAGGUUGCUUCUAUGGCAUCAGCUUUGAAGAAGCAUAAGAGCAUGCUGGACAAACGGAUAAUGAAGAUUUCUGAGCUAGGGGUUCCUGUUUGAAGCAACUUUCUAGUUUGUUUUUGUGUGUUUAAUGGGCAAAAGUUUGUAAUACAAUUGGAAGGGAUUGUUAAACAAGUUUAUGUCCGGAUUGUGACAAUAAUAAUAUUGGAAUAUAAUGCCAAACAAUCCUAAACUCUAGGUUGCCUUUCAUUGAUUAGUACUUUCUUUAAUACCAAUAACAUAAAUCAGAAUAAUUUUAUAUAUGUA